UCGAUAUUCAAGAGCGUAAGGUGAAGCUAAUCUUUAGCAAUGAAAGUGUUGGCAUUAUUGUUAUUUCUGGCUGUAGCCUGGAGAGUUGAAGCACUUACUAAAGACGAAAUGCGAACUAUUUUGUGCUCCGCUCCGCUUGAGUAUUCGGUAAGAUUCAUUGACUGUACAUUGGAUAAAAGCUCCGCAUUCGUCCAAAAGGCCGGCGAUAUAGCUUACGAGUGUAUUAACGAAAAGUUCGAAACUGAAGGGAAAGCAGAAGCCAUUUUAUCUUUAGUCUGUCAGGAUUCUGUGUCUAAAAAUAGAAAGGUGAACUCUUGUCUUAAUAGAGGAAUAACAGAGUUAGGAGAAGGAAAGUCGGAAGACAUUACUUCAUUCAUUGACGCUUUAAAAGCUUGUAUCACGCUCUCGUUAACAUAAAACUAAUCUGUUUUCAUUUUGUGUAUUUUGAAAAUGUUUUUCUCUGGAUUUUCCAUUAAUUUUUCAAAGUAAAUAUUUGUGUAUUAAAUAAAAUUGAUAUUCGAACAUUAACUAUGUGAUACCGGUACGUCUUUUAUAUAUCUAUAUAACCCAUUGAACGCGUGUCCGUCCGUCCGCGUAACAGUA